AUGGUCUACGUGAGAUUCGCCUCCGUCCUUGCGAUGGCCUCGAUGGCCAUGGUUGCUGUCGCCGCCGACAGCGACUCGCCAACCAAGAUCAAGAACCCCAUCACCACACCCACAGUCACCCUGCCCGCCAGUGCCAUGACAAGUAUCGGAUGUUUCGCAACAGGGACGCCGCUAGAAAACCAUGGACCAUACAACUUCCAGUCGCCUGGUAACUGCCAACUGGUAUGUCUCCAACUCGGCAAGGACGUCAUGGGUCUUUCAGACGGUGUCGACUGCUGGUGUGGAGACGAAAUUCCUGCCAAAGCAUGGCAAACCAAGAACGAGACAUGCGGUACCACCUGUGCUGGAGACGACACAUCUGGCUGUGGUGGAAAGGGCGCACUGUGGGUUGUACUCACUGGCAACACAAGAAACCCAGUCGACUACUUCGAACCCCCAGUAUCCAGCAGCAGCUCAGCAGCACCCUCAUCAACAACUCCUGCCGCAACAUCGACUGCCGCUGCCUCCGCAACUGCCUCUGCCACUCCAUCAUCCACUCCAAAGAACGACGCACCCAACACCGUCGCCAUCGCUGUGGGCGUGGUAAUCGGUAUCUUGGGUCUCGCCGCCAUCAUAUUCGGCGUAUGGUUCUUCCUCCGCAGGAAACGCCAACACCAGGCUGAAGAAGACUAUCGUCGAAACGCCGCCAAUGUCAACCAAUUUGUUAACGGAGGCAAACUCCACACCAGCAACUCGUCCAUGAACGACUCACGCCUGGACCCAAGCUUUGUCGACCGGAGGCAGAGCAACGGCAGCAUUGCAGACAACGAGGACUACUCGAGGCGGAUAUUGAAGGUCACCAAUGUUUGAGUGCCAUGACCAAGGCAAUUUGCGCAUCUCUGCGCCAUUCAUGUCGACUCGUUCUUGACGACUGGAGUUGCUCACGAACGCAUCAAUACCCCGAUACCGCACACAUCUAAUCUCCUUCACCUCAUGUCUCGCACUACGGUGUGCGCGAUCACGCAUUGACGACGAGAGUAAGAAUCAUCUUGCGAUUUAGCCCGUUACUAUUCAGCACGACGGAAUCAUCAAACCGUUGAACUAGCAUUGGACGGGGAUAAGAAACAUCUCUGUCGGCGAAGAUAUCUUUUCCUCUCCUGUGUUAUAUCCCAAUCUUCUUUGUUUCCUUUAUCAUCUAGGCGUUUGUGGGGUGUUAGAUACCGGCAAUUGAAUGGGCAAACUUUACAACUA